CUAUCCUCUUCUUAAAGGAGAAAUAGGUAGGAAGGAACACCAAGUCACUUAAAAAAAUGCAGAGCUUCAAAGCAGCUUCAACAAACCCAGAAUUGUAUUCCCACUCUUCCUUCUAUUUCAGAGGAGACGACACUAACCGAAACCAAACGCGUUUUACGGAUCUUGGAGAGCUUGAACAGUCCGCUACUGUCUUCCCUCACGAUGAUGCUGUUGAUUUAAUCCCAAGCUCAAUGUUCAGUUUGAAAGCAAACAAUGUUGCUGUUGUACCUAAUAACUUGCACUAUGGGGCCUUGAACACGAGCACUGGGUGUUUGGACAUAGGCUCAACAAUAACCGGGACAGGAGGAGGCUGUGUAGAGACAGGGCAUCACCAAUACAUGUACCACCAGCAGAAAGGGACGACGUCGUCGGGAAACGGACACUUUGAGAAUUGGGGUGAUUCAGCCAUGGCUGACAACAGCCAGCAGACUGAUGAUACCUCCACAGACGUUGACACCGAUGAUAAAACCCAACUUCAUGGAGUUCCGCAUGGAGCACUAACAGUAGUGGAUUCAAUGGAACAGCCCAGGGAAAGAAGUGGAGAUCAAAAGACACUGCGUAGGCUGGCCCAGAAUCGAGAAGCAGCAAGGAAGAGUCGUCUAAGGAAGAAAGCAUAUGUCCAGCAGCUGGAAAAUAGUCGACUUAGGCUUUCACAACUAGAGCAAGAGCUUCAGCGAGCACGGCAGCAGGGUAUGUUUAUUGCAACUGGACUUUCUGGGGAUAAUGGUCAUUCAAUGUCAGGAAAUGGGGCCUUAGCAUUUGACUUGGAGUAUGCGCGCUGGCUUGACGAACAUCAACGACUGAUACAUGAUAUGCGAUCAGCUGUGAAUUCCCAUACGGGUGAUAACGAAUUGCGGAUCCUUGUUGAUAGCGUAAUGACCCAUUAUGAUGAAAUAUUCAGGUUAAAGAGCACUGCUGCAAAGACUGAUGUAUUUCACAUGCUUUCUGGCAUGUGGAAAACACCUGCAGAGAGGUGCUUUAUGUGGUUGGGUGGAUUCCGUUCGUCUGAACUUCUCAAGAUACUUGGGAACCAGCUUGAACCUUUGACAGAUCAACAGUUGAUGGGCAUAUGUAAUCUGCAGCAAUCCUCCCAACAGGCUGAAGAUGCCUUGUCACAAGGGAUGGAAGCUUUGCAACAAUCUCUUGUAGACACACUUUCCUCAGGUACUCAUGGACCUACUGGUUCUGGCAAUGUUGCAGACUACAUGGGCCAAAUGGCAAUUGCUAUGGGCAAGCUUGCCACACUUGAGAACUUCCUUCACCAGGCUGACCUUUUGAGACAGCAAACACUACAACAAAUGCAUCGUAUUCUGACCACUCGUCAAGCAGCUCGUGCCCUCCUCGUCAUCAGUGACUACUUCUCUCGUCUCCGAGCACUCAGUUCAUUAUGGUUGGCACGUCCUAGGGAUUAAUGUUUUUUCGCUUUCACCUCGACCCGGCCUAAAGUAGAAGAAGAAAAAAGAAUUUGCUAUUGCCCCACUAUUAGUAAACCAGCUGUAGUGCUGAGACCACGAAGAUGGUUAAUUAUGAAAAUGCAGAUUCAGCUUUGAGGCCCCAUUUUUCUUAUGAUGCUUUUCUUUUAUCAGUCACAGGUUAGGCCCUGCAUCUUGGCCUAUAGAAACGUCAGUGAUCCACUUAAUGAAAGCCUAGUGGCCGUUCUCAAACAUGUAAUUAAGUUAAAUAUAUGCCCUCUUGCUCUUGGGCAUGGAAAUGUGUACUUAUUUUCACACUAAAUGUGCUAAUACUAAUCCUAUCAGAUAGCCAGGGGACUGAAAGCAUUGGUGGAUACCAAAUUCUUAGAUAAAUCUUAGGCCCCGUUUGGUUCA